CAAUGGGAGUUCUUGGACAUUUGGUUCAUAUGCUGCUAUGGCUUAUAGUUAAUGACCUUUCCUUUUGUCCAUAGGAAAUCUGGAUGGUUUGUUCUUUCUGAGCAUCAAGAGAGACUGAAAAUAUUUGAAUCUCAAUGCAAGUCGUUUUGUCACCUUUUUGUACACAGGUAACAUCAAGGAUAUUACUCAUGCUGAAUGUUUGUGUUGACUUAAAGGAGAUUCACUAAAAUACCAUUGGACAAAUUGAAAAAGACCAUUCAACAACAGUGAGAUUGAACAUUUUAUUGAAGGUAUUUGAAAUACUUGGAGAGCCCCUCAAACCCCAUAAAGUGUUUCAAACACUUAACUCAACACCUGCUACAAUACCAAGAUGGAGCCCUCGCCCUCUAUGAACUUAACAAUGAAGGAUGGUGAUGAGGAAGAGGAUCAACGUCCCCUCCUUCCAUCAAGAGUGGUUCCUCCUCCACCUGCAUUUGGCAACCAGUGUGGGACUAACCACUUAUACAAAAAAGGGGGCGAUCCCCCAGUGUGGCUUGAUGGACCCCAGUCAUCCCCCAGCAUCCGACUGUACAAUGGUCGCCAAUAUGUUUCACCACGCUCCUCACCCCGAAGUGGGGACAAGGAGAAGAGAGGUGUGAAUCAAGCAGGUAAUAAACCAAAUGCACGGCAUAAGGAUAGAAUUUGGGGGAGUAGAACCAAAAAGGCCAGCCCACAGAGGCGAACGCAAGACUCGACAUCUGCUCAGUCACCCUACAGUGGACUCAGCAUGUCUCGCAUGGACUUAAGGGAUACAGAAAGCAGGUCUCCUCUGGAUGGAGGUCAAUGGCUAGACACCACAUCAGUGGAUAUCCAGGACCGCCAGAGUCUGCCAGAGAUCAUCAUCACAACUAAAGAUGACUACCAUUCACAGGCCUCAAACCGAACAUCAGGCGAUGACCAGAAUCCCCAGACUAAAGCCAAGAGCACCCAUUGUAGAGAGGAAGAGAGCAGAAAUGCAGAACAAAAACAUGUUCCCCAUGUCUGCCCUCACAGGAAGACACAGAAUAUCGGUCGUAGGCUGGUUCGUCGAAGGGCACUGUUUGAGAGGAGGCAAAAGCUGAAUGACUGUGCACUUGCUGUGGGGAUGUUUGGAGUGGUUGUCAUGGUGACUGAGACAGAGCUCUCAUGGAGUGUAUAUAAUAAGUGCUCCAUUUACUCCAUGGCUAUGAAAUCUGUUAUCAGCCUGUCCUCGCUCAUCCUGCUAUGUCUGAUCAUUUCUUACCACAUUUGUGAAGUGCAGCUGUAUAUCCAUGACAACGGAUCGGAGGAUUGGAGAAUCGCCAUCACAACAGAGCGGCUGACCCUGAUUGCCCUCGAGUUAUUUGUAGCGGCAGUACACCCAUUUCCAGUUGGUCUUCCAUUAUCAUGGCAAGCCAUGUCCCCCACGCUGUCUGAGUCGGAGAUGGAGAUCGUGCUGGCUCUGCCCAUGUUCCUGCGACUCUAUCUCUUGGGUCGUGCCAUGAUGCUACACAGUCGUCUCUACACGUCCACUGCCUCGCGCAGCAUUGGCGCCCUCAACAAGAUCCACUUCAACAGCCGAUUUGUGGUCAAAACUCUGAUGACCAUGUACCCUGGCACUGUGUUGAUGGUCUUCAGCGUCUCGCUGUGGCUAGUCGCUGCAUGGGGCCUACAUGUCUGUGAAAGACACCACAACUAUAAGGACCUGAGCAGUAACUACAUGGAGGCCCUGUGGAUGGUCUCAGUUACCUUCCUGUCUAUUGGCUAUGGGGAUGUGGUUCCUCACACCUACUGUGGCCGCAGCAUCUGUCUGCUCACUGGCAUCAUGGGGGCAGGUUGCACAGUGCUGGUGGUUGCCGUGGUUGCCAGAAAAUUGGAGCUGACCAGGGCAGAGAAACACGUCCACAACUUCAUGAUGGACUCAUACUUUACAAAGAGGAUAAAAUAUUCAGCUGCAAAUGUACUAAGAGAAACAUGGAUGAUCUACAAACACACCAAGCUGGCGAGGGAGAGAGACCACUGUAGAGUACGCAUGCACCAAAGGAAGCUACUGCUUGCCAUCCACCAGCUGCGUGAUAUUAAGAUGGAAAGGAGGAAGCUGGCCGAUCAGGCCAACACGCUUGUGGAUUUCUGCAAGAUGCAGAAUAUGAUGUAUGACAUAUUGUCAGAGGUGAGUGGAUGCAGAAGCGACCUGGAAACCCACAUUUACAUUCUGCAGCAGAAUGUGGAGGAGCUAAGAGAAGGCUUUAGGACCCUGAUGCCCCUCCUCUCCAGCACUCUCUCCACACAGAACUCCUCCAUCCGUCAUCUGCUAAGGGAAAGGGAGCAAGCAGAGACACAGAGCAUGGGUGGGCAGGAUGGGUAAGACAGAUGGGAGGUCUGUUGUGUAUAAUCAAGGGGGAGGCUAAAGUGUGAUAGAGGAGCUAGGGAUCAGGAUAAAGAUAGAAUUUAAGACAGGCUAGAAUGGAAUUAGAUUCAUUUCAGCAGGAAGUGAGAUUCCAGACCAUUUUCUGGCUUAUGAGAAUAUAGAAACAUUAGUGACAUUUAACAGGAUUUACUUUUUAUCACCUAAAAACACUUAAAGAGGGGGGGAACAUUUUAAAUAGUGGAAUGCAGAUGUCAGACAUUUUGACAUUAUUUCCUGAAGAAAAACCCAGUCUUGACUAUAAUAAAAUAAUUUUCAGUUGUAGAUUGCAAUAUUUUAAAGCUUUAUAAUUGUAGUUAACUUCUAUUAACUUUUAAUUCUUAGGUAAAAGGUAGGUUGGCAUUAUCUGGUGUGUUCAUUAAACAAGAUAUUUUUUAAUGAAAAUUGCAUAUAAACGUACAUUCAUGUUGGUAAUAAAUGAAGUUCUAUUAAUUUCAUCACUCCUAAGUGAAUGCUAACUGCUAACUAUUUGGAUGGGUUGUCUUAUUUUACGAACUUGAAUGUGUGGAUUGAUUUAUGCAUCCUACACUCCUUGAGGCACCCUCAGAGUAAGGUCAGAGCAAGUUUUUUACAGAAACCCUAGAGCAUUUAUUGUUAAUUGUCAAUCUCAAGGCCAGAUUUUCCCAAUCAACUCAGGGAUUUGGUCACUGGUCAAAUGCUGACCACUAGAUUAACCAAAUCUGGUAACUAAAAUGUACCAGUUUAUAGUUGCCUAUGAACUGGUACAUGUCAUUUCUUGACAUUAAGUGUCACUAGCCUUGAAAACAUGCACAUAACCUAAAUGAAGAUUACAACUUAAUGUAAAUUCCAAGAUAAGCAAAAAAGAAAAGUAGGAACCAAUUCUUUAGCCAAAA